GAGAGGGCAGAGCAUCAGCAGGAGACCCAGCCAAUGGAGGAGAUGGACGAAUUCCUUCCUUGUGGGGGAGAUUGUAGGGUUCCUAAUGACACCAUAGUCCAGACAGGAGCUAACACAGGUUGUAGGAGGGAGAGUGAAAAUGAGAGUGUUCCAUAUGAAGUACCAUCCGAACAAGCCAAAUGUGAGGAGCUGAAAGAGAACUUCUGGGAUCAAGGCGGAUCAGUAAGCGAGGAACAGAACCACGUGGAGAAGAGGACAGAGAAAUCCAAUCCUUGUCUGGUUGGAGACUUCAAUGAAAUCCCAGUCCAGCAAACAGAACAGACAGAACUCUGCCUUAGUGCUCAGUGGAGAAUCCACACGGACCUUACAGAAUGUGAAAUGCUUGACACAGGAGAAAAACCAUAUCAGUGCAUGGAAUGUGGGAAGAGCUUCAAUCGCAGUGCAACACUUAGGUCCCAUCAGCGACUCCACACAGGGGACAAACCUUUUGAAUGCUUGGAGUGUGGGAAGAGUUUGUCAGUCCACACAGGGGAAAAACCAUAUAAGUGCUUGGAGUGUGGAAAGAGCUUUAUUCAGAGCUCAAAGUUAACUAGACAUCGAAGAAUGCACACAGGGGAAAAAGUGCAUAGCUGUUCAUACUGUAGCAAGAGUUUCAGUGAUAAAUCAAGCCUUAUUCAACAUCAGCGUAUCCACACUGGGGAAAAACCAUAUAAGUGCUUGGAAUGUGGAAAAAGCUUCAAUCAGAGGGCAAACUUUACUAGACAUCAAAGAAUGCAUACAGGAGAUAAAGCAUAUAGCUGCCCAGACUGUGGGAAGAACUUGUGUGAUAAAUCAAGCCUUCUUCAACAUCAGAGAAUCCACACAGGUGAGAAGCCGUUUAACUGCUCAGAAUGUGGAAAGAACAACAAAGUCCCCUAUGAUAAAGCAAGUCUUAUUCAGCAUCAAAGAGUUCAUACUGGGGAAAAACCAUUUAAAUGCUCAGAAUGUGGAAAGAGGUUCAGUCAUAGAGGAAGCCUUCGUGGACAUCAAAGACUUCACACAGGGGAGAGACCCUACACAUGCUCAGACUGUAGCAAGAGCUUCUUUGCUCUAUCAAGUCUUUUAAAACAUAAAGUAACACACAGAGGGGGAAAGCCAUAUAAAUGCACAGAAUGUGGAAAGAACUUUGGUCAGAGCACUCACCUCAGUUUGGAUGAAAAGAUACAUACAGAGAAGAACAAGUAUAAAUGCACAGGCUGUAGCAAGAAUUUAUGUGAUCAGUCAGGUCUUGUGAGAAUGACAAUGGAAGAAACAAUGUAA